AUGUCGGUCUCAUAUCUCUCAAUAACUGCUUUCUACAUCACAGUCGUAAUAUUGCUUGCACGACCCAUUCACGCCUUCGGUGCUGGAAAUAUUGCCUCGGUCUCGACAAUUGAGGGUAGCAACUGGCGCCAUGGAGAUAUUGAGGAUACAUUACUUCUGCUUCUCAUGUCCAAAUCAGCCGGAGGAAAAAAGUUUGACAAACUCAGUGUUGCACGUGUCUACUUUGGCAACUGGCUUAGAGAUUACUCUCAGGCCAUCGAUGUCGGAACUGUCAAGUACGUAUCAGCAGAAGCUAUACGUAUACUUCUCUGGAUUCUUGGGUUUAUGACUUUUGGGUAUGGCACAAAAGAGUUUGAAGUUACGUCUAGUCGCCUCGGUUGUUAUCGGCCUGAAGAUCAUAUCGACAAUCCAAAAGAUUAUGCCGAUAACGUAGACGCUUCUCAAUAUGAUUCCCGUCUCCGAGGUCCAGUAAACGAACGCAUUGAAUUGGCAAUUGACCCAAAAACUGGAAUGAAAAACUAUAUUGCCAACGAAAGAGUAAAUAUUAUGACGUCUGCUUUACAUGUCCGAAAAAUUUUUGUUGAAAGUGUCCGGCUUGGUAGGUCAUAUGCCCGAACCAACAACAAGGAUGAACUUUUCGAAGCCCUUCGUCUACUUGGUACCGGUCUUCACUGUUUAGAAGAUUUCUCUGCCCAUUCCAACUAUAUUGAAUUAGCACUUAUUGAGCUUGGAGAGCGAAACACGUUUCCUCAUGUCGGAUCUCGCACUCAAAUACGUCUGGAGGGCUCCCGAGAAUCAGUCUUCCCUUUGGUUACUGGAACAUUUGGUGGAGUUGAUUUUUUACACUCUGUGCUAGGGGAGUUUAACGAUAAAGCAACCCAGAGUGAAAUCCAACAACUUGAAGGUACCAUGAAAGCAGACAGCAAGGGUGAUACUUCUCUACUCAAGGAACUUUUGAAUAAGAUACCCGCAGGUAUACUUGGUGGAAAAAAUGAUGCGAAUAGAGCAGAUCAACUAAAAACUGAUGCUGCUGCUGCACAAGUGAAUAACGUUCGAGUCUCCCCUCGCAAGCCCGAGGAAUUUACUCGACAGAUGCAAGAAAUUGUUAAGCAAAUUUUUCCCAUCAUUGAGUGGCACGACGAUGUCAUGAAGAAUCUUACGGAGACAAUUGAGAAGCUUCCAAUUUUACCGGAUCUUAUUUCUACUCUUGAAGAACAGCUCAAUAUUUUUGUGUUUUCCUUGAUUGCACCCUUCAUUUUACCCGUUAUCAAUCAAGUCAAGGAUGAACUAAGCACUGGCUCCUCUGAAAUCAUAAAAAGUAGUGUGGACAAACAAUUUGUCGUUUUUAAUGAUGAUCAUUCAAGUGAUCCAACUCAUUCUAUGUUGUCCAAAGAUCAUUUUUCAAAUAUUCUCAAUGAACCUGCUGGAUUGAUUGCUUCAGAGGUACUUAAGUGGGUCGUACCUCAGCUUAUCCAAUGUUGGGAUGAUGAAAAUAUUGAUUGCAACCGUACUAUAAACAGAAUUGUUAACGGAGUAUUUAACCACCCAGCACAACGUGAUCAUGGCGAAGAUGGUGCCAUGGAUGGGCGUCGUAUCAUGUUUGAGGUUGUUAACAAGUGGUGGUCUAAGAUAGAUAGCCAUAAAAAGAAUGAAUUACGGCAAAAACUUUCUCGCAAUGGGGUACAAAAUGGGGAUAAUCACGUUGGCUCGAAAGAUUCAGGACAUGGAUGUGGUCAUCCAAUAAAAAUGAGCAAAAAAACAAAAAACGGAAAGCUUGGCUCAGGAGCAGCAGCUAUGGCAAUGAAUGAGCUGAGUUCGGCUUUUACGGGAAAGAAAACCUCUGGUGGGUCAUCAAAUAUGGGAAAGUUAGCUUCUAAUGUUGUAGGUGGAGGACACCUUGGAGGUUUGGUUGGUGCAAUUGCAGAAGGAGCUGGAGAAUCACUAUUUUCAGGUCGUAAAAACUCAGACGCUCAACAUCAUGACUCGUCAAGCUAUGGUCAAGAGUCUAGUUACAAGCAGAGCCAUUCUGGAAACGAGUAUGAUAGCGGGAAUAAUGCACCAUCUGGUUACCCUCAAACAAAGCAUCACGGCUCCUCCGGACAUGAAUCUUCAGGCUAUGGUCAAGAGUCUAGUUACAAGCAGAGCCAUUCUGGAAACGAGUAUGAUAGCGAGAAUAAUGCACCAUCUGGUUACCCUCAAACAAAGCAUCACGGCUCCUCUGGACAUGGAUCUUCAGGCUAUGGUCAAGAGUCUAGUUACAAGCAGAGCCAUUCUGGAAACGAGUAUGAUAGCGGGAAUAAUGCACCAUCUGGUUACCCUCAAACAAAGCAUCACGGCUCCUCUGGAUAUGGAUCUUCAGGCUAUGGUCAAGGAAAACAACCUACACAGGACUUUUCAGAGCCUAGCUACCAAGAUGGAUUAAGCCAUAAAACUCAUUCUGCCUCGAAAAAUUUCGGUAGCUCGUCUAGUCAAGGAAGAGAAAGUCAUCAGAGCUAUGGAGGUAACGAUUCAGUAGGAGGGUCUUCCAAAUACGAUGAGCAGGGAAACUAUGGCAAAAUUCACGAGUAUGAUGGUUCCGAAGGGCUAAAUUCUGGGCGCAAAAGCGAUGGGCUUAAAAAUACGCUAGAAAACUUGGUUGGUGGUAAAGCUAUUGGGGGAUUUGUCAAUGCAUUUGUGGGUAAUAGUAGCCAAGGAAAUCGUGAGGGAAAUAAUGAUGGGCAGCAAAGAAAAAGCCAAGGUGGCUGGUUUUCCUGA